UUUUUUUUUUUUUACUCAUGUACGUACUGUUGUAGGUGUAAAUCCACUCAGGACAGCUAUAGAAAUCAAUUGAUUGACAGUUGAUAAACGACAGCUAUUAGGUACUGCUCUGCUGCGGAAGAUAAAAAGGACGAUAAAACCGAAGUUCCCGCUGGCAUGUAUAGUUUUAGCAGCGCAAGAAGGAUGAGGUCCUCGCUGCAUCGACAGCUGAGUCAUCUUUUCGUUUUCUGGAAGAGGAGUGCAGAUGUUUGUCUCUUCCCAGCUGCUGGAUUUUAUUGUUGCAAAGCCUGCUCCACUUCUGUAGAACCAGUAGAUCCAACUGAGUUCCACAAGAGGAAGCUAUUCCUAUGGUUCAGCCAUCUUCCCCAGGAAGAGAAGCAGUUUGGAGGAUACUUUAGCCCCGAGACAAUGCAUGUUGAUCCACUCAUCUUGGAGAGGAAGCCAGAGGAGAAAGCCGGACUCCUUGGCUCCCUCCUGAAAAAUCAGGCUUCUUCCGGACCCUCCAUUACUGUGGAACAGCUCUUUGAAAUCAGUCGAGACCAGCCUGAAGAUAGAGGCCUCAACGUACUUCUGUAUGGGGCAGUGGGAACUGGUAAAAGCACAGUUGUCCGAAAGCUGGUGCUGGAUUGGUGCGCUGGGACCACGCUGACUGACUUCAAACUACUGAUUCCCUUUUCUUGUGAGGAUCUUGGUGAGCUAACAAAGGUUGCAUCUUUAAGAGACCUGGUCAGUAGGAAGUACCUCCACUUGAAGAAAAACCCUCUGUUGAGUGGGGAGGGCAACCAGGCCAAAGACGUUCUCUUCUUAUUCAAUGGGAUGGAAAAAAUGAAAUUGGACUUCCGGAUUGGCUCCACAGAGCUUUGCAGUGACCCAAAUGAACCGCUGCCUGCAGGUGCAGUGGUGGUUAACCUUCUACGCAAGUACCUUCUCCCUGAGGCCAGUGUUUUAGUGACUACCAGGCUGUCUGCCUUGGAUCGCAUCCCUCCAAAGUAUGUGAGUCGCUAUGCACAGAUUUGUGGCUUCAAUGACCAAAACCGUCAGCGUGCCUAUUUCACCAGCCGUCUCCUGCAGCAGAGUGGGAGAACUGUGCAGGCACAUGACGCUCAGGCUCUCAUAGAGCUGCUUUACCUCAAUCUCCAGAGGGAGAGCCAACUGGCCUCAGCCUGCUUUCUGCCUUCUUACUGUUGGCUUACAUGUGCCACCUUGCAUUUUCUGCAUUUUACUGAUGCCAUGGCACCCAUCCGCACUCUGACUGGGAUAUAUACCAGUUUCCUCAGGCUCAACUUUGGCGGGGAGGUACUUGGAAAAGCUACAGGAGCGAGUGGACCCACUCAGGAUCUCCACAGUUCUUUAAUGUUCUAUGUUGUCCGCACAGUUGGCAAACUCGCCUACGAAGGUGUAACAUACAAACGCACCUCAUUCUCAGAACAGGAGUUGGAGCAGUGGAUCGGAGGAAAGACCAAGACAGACGAGGAGUUGCGUCAGCUGGCUGUUUUCAGGACUGACGUGCUGGACUUUUUUCUCGCUCCCUGUGUUGAAAGUUGCAAGCAUUUACCCACAGAGCUCUGUGAACAUGAUGAGAGUCGAUAUGUAUUUGCUGUUCCAGCCAUGCAGGAGUACCUGGCGGCACUCUAUGUGGUUUUAGGGGAGAAUAAAAGUGCUCUGGAGAAGCUGACCAAGCAGGUGUCUGUUGCCAUUGGCCAGGCCACUGAGGAUGUUAGUGCAGUUGUCAAUAUCUUUUCCAAGUUCAUUCCACUCAGAAUCUUUGCUGCCUUCAAUUUACUCAAGCUUUUUCCGAAGCUUUAUGAAAAAAUUAGUAGUCGAAAGAAGGGGAACAUUGCCAGGACGAUGGCUGCAGAGCUGUUCCGCAAAGAAGAUAGCUACAAUGAGGAUGUUCUGGAUCAGGUUGAGCAAAGCCUCCUAGGAGUACAUGGUCCACCAUCACAACAACAAUCUGAGGUUCAGCCUUUUGAGCUCUACCCCAUCUUCAUGGGUGGACUGCUGCAUUAUGGCAACAGAGUCCUCCUUCAGCAACUUGGAUGUAGCAUCCAGAGUACCACUGUGGCUCAGAUCACACGAGCUCUUCGGAAAUACCUUGUUAGAGAAAUCAACAAGCCACAGCCACCAGAGGAGUUGAUGGAUCUGUUGGUCCUUCUGUAUGAGUUUCAAAAUCCCCGGCUAACUGCAGAGGUCCUGGCCUCCAUCAGAACCAUCUGCCUCCACAACAUACGGAUGACCACACUCAAAUGCUUUGUUUUGAGUUCUGUGCUCUCAUGCGCCCCUCCAAGAUUUAAGGUACUCUUACAAGACCCAGGCCAAGAUUGUUCAUCCUCCACCACCACUGAAAGUUAUCAACUCGAAGAGUUGGAUCUCUCCUCCUGUCUCCUAACACAGAGCAUGCUUCAGAUGCUUUUGGCUGCCUUUCGACACACUCGCAACAUCAAUCUGCAGUUUAAUAGCCUUGGUCCUGACUCCUGCAUCUUCCUGAGAGAUCUACUACUAGACUCCAAAGGUUGUGUUAGAGCGCUACAACUAUGUGACAACCCACUGCUAGACUCUGGUAUGUGCCUUCUUUUGGAGGCCAUUCCGCAGAACCAAACUUUGAGGCAUCUGUCCCUUAUGCACACUGGACUGGGUGAUGAAGGGGCCCUGAAGCUGGCUGAGAAACUUCAGCAGCUCUCUGGACUCCUGGAGCUCAACGUUGCCUAUAACAACAUCGGCGACAAUGCUGCUCUGGCCCUAGUGGAUGUUUGCAGGGAACAUCCCAGCAUUCACACUGUGCAUUUGUACCUCAACCCUCUGAGUGAAGUUGGCAAGCAGUCCCUGUAUGUCCGUGGCAGUGCCAAGAGCCAGAGCAGCAGUGGACAACGAGUCAGGGUCCUGGCAGCUGUCACUGAGGGUUCUGACCUCUCAGAGGACUGGCAUCCCAUUCUAAGUGUCAUUCGCGAGAAUGCAUCAUCCUGGGACAGGGAACGUGUUAAACAGCAACUUAAGGUGUUCCUCAGAGAUCUGGAGUGGGGACGGCAACAGCAACAGAGCCUCCUGAAAAAGCUUCACUUCCGACGGGUAGAGAAAGGCGUCCGUCAGACGCUACAGAUGUUGGAGAAAGACAUGCCACCUCCAUUUGCAUGAGCCAACAAGUAAACUGUACAAAUUAAAAUGGGCUACUUUUCAACAUAUACAAUCCACUUUGGAAGUCACAGCGAGGUGUGGUCCUAAUGUGUUAUGAUGUAGGUGCACGAGCUCUAUUUGAGGCUAUUUGAGGCUUUGUGUGCGUGUGCUCGACGUAUUGGCCACACCUGAAUCAAGCGACGAGGUGGAUGAUAGUCUAACGUCUUUUUUUUUUUUUUUUUUUUUUUGGGAAUGCCGUCGCGCGAUCAACCAAAAUUGCCUCGCGAUGGACACAUUGAGCACCCCUGGUGUAACUGAAUUUCCUUUGGCAUGGCUCAUUAUGUUGAUGACUUUCGACGUAAAUGCCCUCACAGUACGUGAAGCAGCUCAGAACAUAUGGUUUUGGCAUCACUUCCUAACAUGCUCAGUACAGUUAACUUGCAUUUCCAUUCCAGGUGAAUACUGAUUAUUUAGGAGCAGGCUUGUUUUGUUAACAUUUAUUAAAUAAACACGUAAAUCAAUGUCUAGGCUACACAAAACAAGCGACGUGUAAUGAAUACUUUUAAAACAUGCUCAUGAUCAUGUAGAAUGGUGCAUUUGCAAUUUUUUGGGUCACCAACAUAAUUUGGCUUUGUUUGAAUGUCUUGAUUAUUUUAAAGCGACAUUUUAUGCCUCUUUACUGCCCCUGUUUUUCUGAUAUGAUUGUUAUUGCAGAAGAUAGAUUAACCGACAUUUUUCCAUGACAGACUAUAAGGGUAUGUCACCUAAUGACACAAUAUUGUGAUGCAUGCUUUCUGCUGUGUUUGGGAAAAAUUGUCUGUGUCUGUAAAAUUUCAAUUUCUUUCUUUUAAAUCUUAUUCCAUGAACAUUUUUGGCUUAUUGUUGUCACAAUACGUGUGUGUGUAAGAAUGCUCAUCUAAUGGAGACAUUUGAAUCUGCUCAACUGGUAAUCUUCAAUAAAAAUUCACUUAUUGAUUCUACAUACACUGCACAUCCUGGUGGGAUGCACAAGCUUUUGGUCUUGAAUGCAGAGUUGCCACAGAUUUGAGGUCAAGCCUCUGUGGGCUUAAGUCAAUUUAACGGGGCAAUCAUGUCAUGUCCUGUGCUAGAUUAAUCUAUUUCCUCCCACAUAGCACAAAUUAAGUCCCGAACAUUUUAUGCAUUGCUGGUUGCGUACAGUAAGUAGAUCAGUUUGCAGAAACCUUGAUUAAAUCAGUCCCUUAGAAUCAAUGCUAACUCGAGCUUGUCCUGAAUUAUGCCUAGUGAGUGUUUCUUUUUUAGCUGUAGAUAGGCACAUGCACAGACCUUUUGGGGCGUGUGUGCAAUUUAAAGAGAAAAAUCCCUGAACAACCAUGUUGACCAAACAGAGGCCACAGAUCUUGGAGGAAGUCAUAAAGUUGCUUCUUAUUUUUGUGAACCAGCAGCAGUUAGCUCAGGAUAGUGUUGGCAAGGAAGGGAAAUGCGCCAAAGCUUGAAAUCUGUAUACAGAUUUAAAAAGAAAUGACUCCUGUGUAGUUCCUGAGGGCUUUGAAUUUAAAGUUGAGGAUGGUUCGAAAAUUUCUGCAUGAGAAGUGGGAUACACUCCGUUGUUCUCAAUGGGGAGGCUGCAAGUUCAGACAAGGCCACCGCAGAAAGGUUCAAAGCCGUGUUUGCCCAUUUCAUCAAGGCCGAGGACUACCUUCCCUAACAAGUUUUCAACUGUGACGAAACGAGUUUUUUCUGGAAGAAAAUGCCACGAAGGACCUACAUCACGCAGGAGGAAAAGUCGACGCCAGGCCACAAGCCUAUGAAGGACAGGUUUACACUUCUUUUAUGUGGUAAUGCUACCGGUGAUUACAAGAUCAAGCCGCUGCGAGUGUGCCAUUCUGAGAAUCCCCAUGCAUUCAAGCAGCACAACAUUGUAAAUGUACAUUGCCUGUUAUGUGGAGGUCCAACUCCCAGGCUUGAAAUCGUGACAAUGGGCCAAAAUCUCGGUUUGGAGAUGGACACCAAUUAUGUUGAGGAUCUGCUGCAGGAGCAUCCUGCCGGGCUCACAACUGAGGAACUCCUGCACCUUCACGAGGAGCAGAAAAAGACAUUGAAGGAGGAGAUGUCGUCCGAUGAGGCUGAAGGCCGGAAGGAUGUCUCAAGUGCUGAUAUUAAAGCUAUCUGCGCUAAAUGGAACAACAUCCAUAAUUUUGUAGAACUUCAUCACCCGAAUAAAGCUAAAUGUUGCAGAGCACUGCAAAAUUUUAAUCUUGUUAUGAGCCAUUUCAGAAAAGUGCUUAAAAGAUGGCAGAAACAAACAGAUUUGUUCUUUGUGGAAAAAGAGGCAAGUCACCCCCACUGAAGACAUCUGAAACUGUUGUUUUGCAUUGCUGUUUUCUUUUGUUCCAUCAACCCUACCUCUAGUUGCAAGUUUUUUUUUUUUUUUUACAUUACAUACUUUCUUUGCAAAUGAAAAACAAUUUGUACGUUCCCCCC